AAUUUAUGUGGAUAUACCUUGACAUUUUCAUUUAUUUCCAAAACUAAAGACCCUAGAAGUCGACCUUCUAGGGUCUUUAUCCAAAAUCGAUUCCGCGUUCCGAAGUGACAUCGUGUUGCAUGCCGCAUUCCGUCGUUUUCCCGCGUUUAAAGCCCAUCCCGCCAAGAACAGGACACAGCUGAGUGGUUUGGCAUAUAUGGACAUAUACUUGUUGCGCAGGAAAUGACGUGUUGCAUCAAGAUCUUGAUAGAUAAUUUUUUAUCGUAAAAACUGUUGACACGAGCAUAUUUCGUACUUUUAUUUCGUGAACAUUCUGAAGAAUAUUUGUGGUGUACAAAAUAAGAAUUUGGAACGGGAAGAUAUCGUAAUAAAAGGAGAGAAUUUCGUUGAUCUGUGAAGACGUCGUGACAGUAGAAGAGAAUUUCGAAAUCUGUGGUAUCACAUUGGCUGACACACAGCAACGAUGUCGAGCGUACAGACCACAAUUUCUUUUCCUAUUCGAAAGAAAUGCAAUUUCUAUGGGCGCAAAGAGGACGUUGCGAGAGAGGAUUUCUCGAACGCAACAGCGAGACACACGUUGUCCACAUACACACCGACUGUAAAGAAGAUCGUCACUUUGACCAGCAGUGAAUCUGAGUCUGACUCUGAUAUCGAGAACACGAAGGCAGAAAAGCAUAAGAGGGUGAACGUGAAGAAUAGGACGAAUAGUACCACCAGCACACCGAGACAACGCAAAUGCAGUGAAUCAGAUGAGCAACAUACUCCCACACCACCCAAACAGAGAAGAACCAAGCUACAGUUACAGUCCUCUCUAACGCCAUCCACUCUUCUGGACAAAUUACAUUUGUCUACUGAAAAAGAAGGCAAAUUAGCUCCCAAGCAGUUAUUUGGUCUGCAUUCUCGCAAAAAGGAAGAUAAAUUAACUUCUAAAUCAAUAUUUGAAUCCAACAAGUAUCAAAACGCGCGCAAAGCACUACACAGUUCUGCGACAGAAGACUUGCCUGGAAGGGAAGAGGAGUUAGCUAGAUUGCGGGAAUUUUUGCUGGGAUACUUGGAGAGUGAGAUGUCGGGAUCACUAUAUAUUUCUGGUCCGCCCGGCACCGGCAAGACUGUUAGCUUGUUCAAGAUCAUGCAGCAGCUGGAUUUGAAAUCUAAGUUCAAAGUGGUCUACGUCAAUUGCACCACCGUCAAAUCUGCAGCAGCUAUCUAUGCAAAGAUAAUCCAGGAACUGGCCAUAAACACGACAAAGUCGAAAAACAGCAAGGUUAUCAUAGAGAAAUAUUUAAAGUCCAGACACAAGACGCUGCUGCUAGUGCUGGACGAGAUCGAUCAACUGGAGAGCAAGAAUCAAUCUGUGCUGUAUAGCAUAUUUGAGUGGCCAUCCAUACCGAAAUCCCGGCUAGUCCUCGUCGGUAUCGCCAACGCGUUGGACCUCACUGAUCGGAUACUGCCCAGACUGCAGGCGAGAUGCGAGCUAAAACCGACACUGAUGCAUUUUGCGCCAUACACGAAACAGCAGAUAGCUGAUAUAAUAUCCGCGCGGCUGCAGCAAGCAAAUGCGACCUGCAUUUUCACUGCAUCAGCGAUACAUCUGCUUGCGGGCAAGGUAGCCGCGAUCUCUGGAGACAUCAGACGUGCUCUGGAUAUCAGCAGGCGAGUGGUGGAAUUGGCCGAAUCACAUCAGCUGGCGCAAGUGUUGCGUCCGUCGAACGAUAAUGAUGUAAAUACAGAGUCUUUAAAGAAGCAGACGGAAGUAACAGAAAAACCAGCUGACUUAAAGGAAGUAGUUACGAUCCUAAAUGGAGUCUACGGAGGCACGCAAAAUCUCGACAAAGAACAGGACACGUUUCCUCUCCAACAAAAAUUAUUACUUUGUGCCAUGUUGCUUAUCCUGAACAAAGGAAGAAACAAAGACAUCACUAUCGGAAGAUUGUAUGAAGUCUACAAAAAAGUCUGUAAGAAGCGUAACGUGCACGCUGUCGACAUUUCCGAAUUCGUAAACUUAUGUUCACUGAUAGAGACCAGGGGCAUUUUGAGAGUCAUUGGCAGAAAGGAGGCACGUUUGCGCAAGGUAAAUCUGCAGUGGGAUCAGGAGGAAUUAGAUAUGGCCUUGCAAGACAAGGAGAUGUUGAGUGAGAUUAUCAACGAUGCGAGUUGCUUAUAGAAUAAUUCGAAAAAUUUAACGUUUAAUUUAAUAUCGUUCAGUUGCUAUUAAUUUAUUUGAUACUUUUUACAUAUUUUGUAUAUAGCAUGGGCACGUCGUGAUUGUCGAUCGAUUGUUACAUUAUCAUGGAAUAUUUUUCCACUUAGUAUUUUUCUAAAUGACUGAUAUAUUUUAACAUUUGUAUAAAGUUAUUUUGGACGCCACUGCUAUGUAUCACAUAUCACAUUGUAUAUAAUGUACUAAAUUUUUAAGUUUAUACAGAAUACACUGUGAGCACGUCUGAUAUUUGCACAAAAUGUAAGAUAUAUUUUGACGAUUAUAAAUAAAGUAUAUUUUAUAUAA